AAUAUGCAGAACCUACAAGUUCCUUCGAACUCAUUUCAAAUGCGCACCUAUAGCUUAAGUCAUCGCAAAAGAUCUCACCAGGCCCCAGUAGUGAAUGGCAAAGUCCCCAGUCAACAUUUGGGAUGAGAGGAACCUUUUAAAGCAAGCAUUAUCAGUAAGAGUCCUGCUCUCAAACAUCCUGUGAAACUUGACUUGGCUCAAAUCAAGACCGCUCUAAAGAUAAGAGAGAUAAAGCCUAGUUGGGUCGAAGCCUACAACCUUCUGAACUAUGUAACCAAGAAGUGAAAGACCUGAGUGACUCAAAAGCGUUGCUUUUCAGGAAGGAGGUUCCUGAAACAUAAGAGACCUCUGGAUAUUGUCAAAACCUGAAAAAAAUUCAAAGCAAUCAAGCUUACCAAGUCUCCAUUAGUGAGAAGGCAGCCUCCUGUUGUCUCCAACUUCGUCAGUCCUUUCAGAACCAGGAAGAGUCCCCAGCCGAUUGAACAGGAUGCUGGUGAACAGGACUCUCGGCUUAAAGUGUUCAAGCUAUACACGAGACUAAAUUGGGACAACUCCAGAAUCAGCAGGUGCACGUCCUCAGGAUCAGGAAGGAUCGCUUCACCAGCUUUUAAGUGAUUGGGCCUAGAUUAAGACAUUUACAUG